AUGAACGGGCAGUUCAGCAACAGGGACAGCGAAUUCACCGUUGGCAUGGCUGUAACUUACUACUGUAAGGAAGGUUUUACUCUUAUUGGAAAUAACAUGAUUGACUGUACGACAGAUGAUAACAUCAUGGGAAAAUGGAGCAGUCCAGCCCCUGAAUGCAAAGUGGUCAGCUGUAAAAAUCCAGAAGUGAAAAAUGGGAAAAGGUUGUCUGGCUUUGGCACUGUGCACGCGUAUAAAAAUACGGUGACCUUUCAGUGUAAUCCUGGUCAUUUAUUGAACGGUAGUAGCCUAGUUACUUGUGAAGCAGACAGUACCUGGAAGCCGCCUCUGCCAACAUGUGACCCAAGACAGGUCCCCAGUAUUCUCUGCGAAGAGCCCCCCACGAUUGACAAUGGGAUGCACAAUGGCACAAAGGGCACCAACUAUGUCCAAGGCUCCACUGUAGUUUAUAAAUGCAAGCAUGGCUUCACCCUUGCUGGAGCAGCCUCUGUUCGCUGUGAAGCAGAUCAUCAAUACCAUGGAGUCUGGAGUGGAGCGAACGUGAUCAUCGUUGGACUCUUCCCCCUCCUCCUGGCAAUGCUGGUUAUGAACAUCUAG